UGGAUGCUCCAGAGCAGAAACAGCAGCGAGAAUAACAAACGACAAAGACACACCGGAGGAAACCCUUUGGAAUUGCGCGCGGAGACAGUAAGAGAAAGGUGCAGACUCAACACUAUCGUCCCAUCAGCGGUAAAAGUAGAACAGCAGAGGGAAAACGGAGCGCCAGUUCGUCCCCCCUCUUCAGCACCGCAGGGAGGAGACACGCAGAAGAGGAAAGAUUCCCCCGAACGCAGUGAGAGCCUCGGACGAGGAGAAGAGGAGAGCGGAGGGCAUCGGAUAGGCAACAAGGAUGGCAGCUCCAGACUUAUUGGACCCUAAAUCCGCCACUCACAACACUAAGCCCCGCCUCUCCUUCUCCACAAAGCCAAUGACACUGACGCCUCCGGAGGAGAGCGAGGUGGUUGCCACAGUGAUGAAGUGGAAGACGGUGACAGCCAUCUUUCUUUUGGUGGUUCUGUACCUGGUGAUGGGAGCAGCAGUCUUCAGAUCCCUGGAGCAGCCCCAUGAGAGUGAACAGCGUUUGGCCAUCCUGUCCCAGAAGCUGCAGUUCCUUUCCAGACACUCCUGUGUCAACCAGAGCCAGCUGGAGGAGCUGGUUAAGCAAGUUGUGUCCGCCAUCCGUUCAGGAGUAAACCCUGCAGGAACAAUGACCAACAACAGCAGCCUGUGGGACCUGAGCUCUGCCUUCUUCUUUGCUGGGACUGUCAUCACAACCAUUGGUUUUGGGAACAUCUCUCCCCACACCGAAGGCGGGAGAAUAUUCUGCAUUGUCUAUGCUUUGUUAGGGAUACCGCUGUUUGGCUUCCUUUUGGCCGGUGUAGGAGACCAGCUCGGCACCAUAUUUGGCAAGGGCAUUGACAAAGUGGAGAAGAUGUUCGUGCAUGGGGAGAUCAGUCAGACAAAGAUCUGGGUCAUAUCCACGCUGCUGUUCGUGCUGUUUGGCUGCCUGCUGUUUGUGGCCCUCCCGGCAGCCAUCUUUAAACACAUCGAGGGCUGGUCUGCGCUGGAGUCCCUGUACUUUGUCGUCAUCACCUUGACUACUAUUGGUUUUGGGGACUUUGUGGCAGGUGGAUCAGAUAUUGAGUACAUGGACUACUACAAACCAGUCGUGUGGUUCUGGAUUCUGGUUGGGCUGGCCUACUUUGCUGCUAUCCUCAGUAUGAUUGGAGACUGGCUGAAAGUCAUCUCCAAGAGAACAAAAGAAGAGGUUGGAGAGAUCCGGGCGCAUGCUGCAGAGUGGACGGCAAAUGUCUCUGCAGAGUUCAAAGAAACCCGUCGUCGUGUUAGCAUUGAGAUCCAUGACAAGUUCCAGCGUGCUGCAUCAAUCAAACGCAAGCUGUCCUCAGAGCUGGGAUUUAGCCCGGCUCCCGAGGUCACCCUGCCCAAGCGGGUUGUGUCUGUCAAUUUCAACAAUGAACGGGACAAAAACGAGAAGGAGGCCGGACUGCACGGAUCGACACCUUCGGCCAUAAAUGGCGCUUUGGUCUUGAACGGACCGGAUCUGGAGAGAGGCGAGAUCUCAAUUAUUGAGCACCUCAAGUAGCAGAAGGACUGUCGGCACCUCUCAAGAUCCUUCCAAGGUCUCUCUGUUUGUCAUAACUGGUGGUACAAGGCAUUGCUUGAGAAUUCAGAAAUCAAAAUAUUGAAAGUGGCCCCAGCAGAAGACAUCUUCAACGUGAAAGAGGAGUCAAAGCCUUGCUUGAUAACACUUGCACACAUAUUCCACUUUACCAUCCUCAACCCCAACAAUGAAAGAGCGUGAACAACAUACAGAACUGUAUUUUUUGGUGUUUGUCAACUAAAUCUUACAGAAGUUACAUUUAAGGACAUACUGAAAAGCUAGGAAAUCUGGAAAUCUGCAUCUGUCUGUCUUCAUAACUGAAACAACUAAACAUAUUUGUUUUUGCUUUGUUUUUUUCACUAUUGCUCAGUCAGUCUAGAGGCAAGCAGGAGUUAAUGAGAGACAGAGGAGUAUAAUAUCCAACAAAGGUCCCUGGCUCGUAAUAAACCCAGGACGUAGUUAGUCACUGUGCUGCUGUUAUGAUAAUGACAAUCACAGCCUGCUGUUAACAAAGACCAUGAACACCAUUUAAGAGGCGUAUAUUUAGAAAAACAUACUGGCAUUAGAAUUGUAAAAGUCAGUCAAUCUGAUGAGGAGGAUGUCUGUAGAUUGUAGUAGGGGCCUUCUGUAUUUAGAAGUAAAUCCCUAUGGGAGCAUGUUUGUGUAAUUUUCUACUAUUGUUGUCAAGAGUGAAAUAUUUGCAGUUUUAAUUCUGCACAAAAAGGUACUUAAAAGCAUGUACAGCGUAUUUUUUAAUCCGAAGCUUUAGCUGACUAUGUAUGUUUUAAAGAGCAGCUCAGGCAGGCAUGACUGUGACUAUGAUCAUUCAACUAUUACAGUGGAGUCACUGUAAUACCAAAAAGCAGUACUGUUACUUGAUCAGUGUUAUUGAUUCCACAUGAUGUUGUUAAAUGUAUAAAUGUAUUUUGCAUGUUUAGUUCAGUUCGUUCAGUUUAAUAAUUACCCACAAGCCAUUACUUUUUCCACGAUUUUUAAUUGCAGUUUUAAAAAAAAAAUCGCGAUAGCCAGUUAUUUGUGGUUCGGUCUUGACUUUUACUGCUAAUCUUUAUAUGAUGCUUUCAUGUUAAUGAUGUGUUUUAAUAGAGGGCAUGCUUUGUACUUACGAAGCUCCUCUCAUUUUUAAGGAAAGGGCAUAAAAAUAAUGCAGUGAUUUUACAGCAGAUGUAUUUUUUUCAAAACAAGUGGCUCUAUGAAGAUUUAUCAGACCACUGCAGUGCCUCAAACUCUUCACUUUGCCCACAAGACCAAACACAACACAAAGUGAAGUGAAGAGGACUAUCGAUUUUGCACCAGUUCAGUGAGUUGCAUGGUGAUAUGUUAAAGACUGGACGCUUUAUCUGCAGCAGUAAGCCAUUCCAAACUGGUAAACUCCAUUUAAGGAACAUUGCUACAUAUGGAGUACAGAGCUCGGUCAUUCGCCAUCACAUUCAUCCAGUCUGUCUUCUGUAUCAGUAGAAUUUGUAUCUGUGUUUGGAUGUGGAAAAUAUUCAUAUGUUAUGGUGUACUGUACCAGUUACUUUUCAAUGAUGCAAUGCCCACAUAGUUGUAACCGUAAAUAUAUAUACGCAUAGAGUAAGGUCCAAAAGUAUUUGGAGACAGCUUUGUUAUUCUGCCUCUGUACAUCACCUCUGGAUUUUAAAUUCAACACUAAAGAUGUGAUUGAAGUGCAGACUUUAAUUUAAGAGGUUUA